UCAAACCCUUUUCAUUAGUUUUUUUUUUUUUCCUUCCCUUUUUCCUCAUUUGAAUUUGGCACCAAUUAUCUCCUCAUCACCAGUGGUGAUUCACCACCAUGAUGGGCACGGCUUCCGUCAUCCAUAACGGCGUCCACAUCCAUCUGAAGCUCAAUUCCCGCCUGCCUAGGCUUUCAUCGCCAUAUCCAUCCCCAAAUUGGAGUAGGCCCCACUUCGUUCACAAUCACAUCGUUUCCGUCCGUACAGAAGAAAAGAGGGGCGAUUCUGCGUCAUGUGAUGGCAUUAGUAAUGUGGAAAUCUCUCAUGAUGACUCUCCGGAGAAAAUUAAGGGGCGCGAAGCUUAUGCUGCUUCUGCAAAAACUGUAGCCUUGUGGGUGUGUGCUGCGGUAGCAUUUGGUAUUGGUGUGGGAUUUAAAGACGGAGUUGGCAAGGCGACGGAGUUCAUUUCAGGGAUGUAUCAGGUAUUUACUGGAACAAAGCUUGUCAGUAGACAAUCUUUUUGUCUUUGUUCUAGUUUUCAAGUACUUCAAAGUGCCACUUAUGUAUCAGAAUCGGGUACUUUCAUAUGGUAUUGCCGGAGCAGUGGUCUUUCGUUUCCCCAACCACACUUGAGUGAAGAAGAUGACACUGAUCUAUCCAACAAUUUUAUUGUGAAGACAUGCCAGAGAUUUAUCCCUGUCACAUCUACUUAUGAUGUCAAUCGAUUCUUUACAUUUCAAGAUGGUGUCCGGAAGGCCACACCUUUACUUCUCACGGUAGCAGUUAUCGAGCUCAGUGACGUAGCAUUCGCUGUCGACUCUAUACCAGCAGUAUUUGGCGUUACUAGGGAUCCUUUUAUAGUUUCCAGUUCUAAUCUUUUUGCCAUCGUAGGUUUAAGGUCGCUUUACAGACUCAUUUCGGAGGGUAUGUCAGACUUGGAGUAUUUGCAGCCUUCAAUUGCUGUUGUUUUGAGCUUUAUCGGGUGUAAGCUGAUCCUGGAUUUUUUUUGGGUUCCACGUAUCGACCGAGGUGUCUCUUGGCUUUGUAGCUACAAGUACAAAUAAAAAGGGGAGAAUGAACUUAGCCUCAUAUUGUAAUAGCAAUAAUGGAUUUGCUUUCAAUGAAAAUCGAACUUAAGACCUCUCACGUACAAAUACAAAUAAAAAGAAAUAUCAUUAAAUUAUAAUAUUAAAUGAUAAAAUUACAAAUACAAAUGAAAAUAAAUAUCAUUAGAUUAGAAUAUUAAGUGGCAAAAUUUUCUAUUAGUACGAAUAAGGGGAAACACUACUCUACCCGACCCAAGAUUCUAGACUCCUCCCGACUUCCUUUUGCUAUACCGACUGAUUAGUGGGGCUACCGGAAUGAUUAGUUCACAAUAUUAAAAACUCGGAUAAGGUCGCCAUGUCAACGCUCCUCUCUAACCGUCCGACCAAUGCCAAAACCCAGAUCAUACGAGGAACAAAUCCAACGGACGACAAAUCAAGUCCACGAUCUCUAUCAUGCACCGCCAAAGCGCGAAAGCUCGCGCACGCGAAUAGUAAACAGUAACGCAACCAUUUCGUCACUGCUGACUCCACCAACGACUCACACUCCCCUAUAAAACGACCACCCGGUCUGUACACAGACAACAUUCUGCGCCAAAUUCUGAUUGCCAAAAAAGAAAAAAAAAA